AUGUCCAUAACAAACAUUCCAUCUCAUUCAAAGGCAAUGGAAAUGCUGGUGAAACCACUCCCUUUAUCCAUGGCUACAGUUGUGGAGAAUGUUGUGGUUCGUGUGCCAACUGCUAGAAGAAAGAAGGAGAAACCUCCAAAAUCAUCAGCAAACACUCCAAAGACUAAUGAGAGUGUUUCAUCAUCGGUUGAUCCCCCAAUUGUGGGAAAUGGCAUUCGACAAACCUAUCAAUCCUCUUCCUUUCCAACCAGUUACAAUAAUACUUCCACUAAUUCUUCAUCACCACUGCCAACAAACCAAAAUUCCACCACUAGACCAUCAAGUUCUUCCUAUGCAAAUAGAAAGACGGUUGACAGACCUCUUAAACCCUAUUCAUCAAGUGGAAAUUUACUAAUGAAUAGACCUAGGUCAUCAACACCAACCAUGAAAAAGUCAACCUCACUGAAUAAGAUUCCACCAAGAGAUCAUCUUCAUAGGAAUUUAACAAAAUCACCCUCAACGCCAUCUUUGUUUGGAAAUUCUUCAUCAUCAGGAAAUUCUAAAAGUUCAAGUAAUGGAAAGAAGAAAACUCCACAGCUAGGAAUUGUUGCAAACUCAAACUCUUCAUUUCAAAAAGUAGAAAAAGGAAUUAACAACAAACAGAAACAGGAAGUCCCAUCACCCACCAAUAAGGUUCCUAAAUUACUGAAAAGCAUUGCUGAUCUCAAAGCUCGGCAGCAGGCAAAGAUUGAAAUCCUCACUUUGGAAGAUUACAUGCUCGAUAGUCCUUCAAGAACUCUCAAUAAGAUCUAUGAGGAACUACCACCACCUAAACACAAACUAAUGGCCAUUCUGAUGGAUAUCAAUAUACGAUAUAGUACUACAGUGACCAGUACAAGUCAUCCCAACUAUGAAUUUUAUACCAAUGACAGGGAGGUUUAUACCACACUCAAAGAAAGGCAGGCCUUCCUUGUGGAGACAAGAUAUGGAAAAUCACUGAGUCCAGUAGAUGAGUGUGGUAUUCAAUUUGAAGGUGCCUAUUUUGGAAGAUAUAGUUUCGUGUUUAAUAUUGAUACUAAUUAUUUUGGAUAUCAUUCAUGGACACUCAUUAUGAGAGUUUAUUUGGAUAGCGAAUCAACAACUCUGUGUGUAUUUGGAGAAAAGUACUGUUGGUUCACUAUCGAUAUUAACAAUAUCAAGAUGAACAAUCAGGAAUUUCAUCGAACAAUUGGUGGAAUGAAACUCAAUGAGUGGAAUGAAAUUUUCAUCUCUCUCAACAUGUUACAGCAAUUGCCACCUUCUCCAUCUUCAGUUGUUGGUAAACCUGCUUCAAACCCAUCAUCUCCUUCUUCUUCUGGUGCUGCUAGCUCUGCUAAUAUUAACACUACCAAUGGUGGAAGACAAAUUCUUGUUUGGGCCAAUGGCAUCAAUACAGUUAUUCCACUUGACUCUGAGACAAAACUCAAAGUUAAACCAGGAGAAAACAAAUCUCUCAAUUUUAUUAAUAUGCUGAAUGGAAGAGCAUUCAGAGGUUCAUUGUCUAGUAUAAUACUAUUGAAUAAGGCCAGUGAAUCGAUGGAAGAUUUGAUAAGGAGUGGCAAAUCCUUUUUGAAAAAUCAUCAAAAGCCAACUGAAAAGCCAAAUCUUAUCAAGAUGACUCAAUCGCCUCAAAACUCACCCCAGAACCAGAAACAUUUUCACAAUGCUAAUUUCCAACAAGAAAUUCCUCCGAAUGAGGGUGAAGAAGAUGCACUGGUCUUUGCUUAA